UUUCAUUCCAUAUAUAUGCCCCUAUCUAGCCCUUAUUUAUGCUCCUUGAGCCUCCUCCUUUCUGCUCAGUGUAAGAUAACACAAAAAAUUAAAGUUCAUAGCAUCAGCUGUAUGAGCUUACUUUUUCAUGGUAUGUGGCUAAAGCAAAAAUUACUGUUGAAGAGAAUGAAGCUUGUGGUGAUUGCACUAGUGUUGAUGCUGGCAAGCUCUUCUGUGGCUAUAAAUAGGAUGAAAUUUGUGCCAAAAUUGGACGAGAGAUCGGAACUGAGUAAUGAAUCUGAUGAUAAUGAUCACCAUCAAAUCCCUCGAAAGGAGUAUGGAAAACCUGGAUCUGGCCAACGUAAAGUGGAUGAGGGGUUUCGUCACGUCUACACUGCUGGCAAUGACUAUGGCACACCUGGCCAGGGAGGAAAUUAAAUAUUAAAUGUUAUUAAUUAGUAUAUAUAUUAAUUAAGGAUGCAUUAUAAAGCUGUAUAUAUGUAUGCAUAUGUCUUGCAGUGUUUGAUGUGAUGAGUAAUGAAUGCUAGCUGAUGAGUGGGUGUUGGUAAUUAGAUAUUCAUGUAAGUAAUAAUUAGUUAGAGAAUAAUUUCACUACUACACA